AUGCCACGGUAUGGUCCAAUUGAAACUCGAAGCCUCCUCGCUAUCGACGAAUUCAAAGGCAUACCAGGCUCCCCAUCCGUGGUUCAAAUGGUUUCUUUUGCUGCUGCUGCCGCCGCCGCCGCCGCCGCCGCCACCACCACCACCAUCACCACCACCACCAUCAUCAUCAUCGUCGUCAUAAUCGGUCGUGCUCUUCUGACCUGCCUCAAGGUUCGUCCUCGAUUCCUUCAUUUGUCUGACGUAGUUUUCUCCUCAACUCCGUCUAUGUUGACUGCUGGUGGGCUAGUCUGAAGUGGCAUAAUUGUAAGUCACAUGAGAAUCGCGUCCACGGAUUGAGUCAAACUGAGGGGCGGAGUGUGGAAGGUUCGGAGUUCCGCGUCUAGAGCCCAUGCGGGCGGUCGUACGGCAGCCAGCAAUCAACGGUCGGAAAGUGUUACAUGAGCAGCCGAAGACUGCAGUUCCAAAGCGAUGUGGGUGCCCGCAUUCCAUGAUACGAUUGGGUCAGAAUGGUGAACGCUCAGACAACGUGACUAAGUAUUCCAGAUUACAACCGACAGGACGAAGUUCCCUGACAGAACGCCACGCUCCAUAACGGACUGGACACUUGCUGAUAUCUGAGUUAGUCAUGCCCGCAGAGACGGGAUAUGGUUGGCUGACGGUGGACCCAAAACGAGAAAUUGCGAUUCGUAUCAUCUUUGUAUAUUUUUCAGCAAGGCUUUUCGAAACGCAAGCUCAUUUCCGAAAUAGCGGAAUUCGUAGGCGUUUAUAUGACCCUCUAGUUGUCCUCAGUUCACAAACCUGGUGCAAGUGAAUGUAACUCGUCAACACCCCUCUGCUAUCUUACGUCUGCUGGUUUCUCAGUUAAUCUUGGGGCUUCUGAAUGACUGACCUUGCUCUUCAUGAACGAAAUCGAUUCAGAAUGGUUUAUACUCUGCAAAUUCACCCCGUAUCUGCGGUAUCAACUACAUGCUACGCUUGUGUUCAUCCGAGCAGAUUUGUACCAGUUGCCCAUCCUCACCUGCUUUGAAAUUUUUUCUGCAGGAGCUUUAUGAGUUACGCAGCAUAAUUAGGAGGGAUACAGUUGAUGAAUGCGUAUGCGGCGUCUCUACAUCGCCCUAUUUAGAAGACUUGUUUUGGGCAGUUUUUCCUUUACGGUCUAGGACGUAAUUGUUCCGAGCAGUUUUCAUUUCAGAUGUCGAGCGAACUGUGCUUCGGGUGCUGGAGGUGUUAGUGGGCAGUGAUCCAGCGGUACGUGGUUAUACUAUUGGCCAAUGUGUCUUCUGACUAUGUCUGAAGUUGACAUUUAAUUAGCCGGUGAGCCAAGCGUCGCACACCCUCAUCAACCCGACGUCAAGCCUUCCCAGGGGACGGCUUGUUCGUGGCAGGCCUUCCGCCCCGUUGGGGAGACAAACAGGUCGCUGCACAUCACUGCCUUCAUUAACCCCAUUCUACAUCUUCCGUCUCUUUUUCUCUCCCCCUGCCUCUCUCGUCCUAUUUGCGGAAUUCUCAAGAUUACGCCCUUUUGUUUUGAAAACGCCGCUAGGGGCUUAUUGGCUGUUGGUUGUAGUGUGAGUUUGGGGAAGUGGGAGGCUGGCAUACUCAGCGUAAAAUUGAUGACGCAACCUUUGAGGUAAGACCGAUUCUGUUGCCUGUAUUAGAUAAAAAAAACCGUCAAUUUGCGAAAUAGAAGCUGGCCGCCCUGCCUGUUUACUCUUUGUUGUUAUCGUCAGCGAGUUUAGGGGAGUGUCGCUCUGACGAAAAGAUACCAAGAUAAACAAGGUAACCGGAACUCCACUACUACUACUACUACUACUACUACUACUACUACUACUACUACUACUACUACUACUACUACUACUACUACUACUACUACUACUACUACUACUACUACUACUACUACUACUACUACUACUACUACUACUACUACUACUACUACUACUACUACUACUACUUCUUCUUCUUCUUCUUCUUCGUCUCCUUCUUCUUCUUCUUCUUCUUCUUCUUCUUCGUCUGUUUUUGCUCUUGCAAUCGAACUUAGACUCGUUCUUCCAUUUGAAAAUCGUCCUCUAGGUUUCACAUAUUCGGCAAACAUUUAGUUAUAAUGGACUUAUGCUUCUUCUCGUUGUAUGAAACAUCUUUGAUGGGCUGCAAAAAAGAAACGUUCUGAAGCAAAACUGUUGUAGUAUAACGAAACGACUGUGGAUAUCAAGAAAGGCUAGCAACGACUCUUUUAACCGAAGUCCCCCGUAUAUGUCUGUGGGAGAACUCAUACGGCGCUGCUACCCGUAAAGCAAAUCAAAUGAUCGUACAAUUUCGGAAACCAAUAAUAUUCUGUGAAAUUAAGCCUUGGUCCGUUAAAGCAAACAAGUUGGAGAUGUCUGGACGAAUGUACCCUUUGUGAAUGGCCUCCACAAAAGCAAAGUAGGGUGUUGGAAUCAACUGGACAUACUUUUGGCACGGUAAUCUUCUAUUCUCAAGGAUUACUUCCAACAAAGUAUUUUUAAUUUGAAUUUCUGUCUCCCUUCUAAAACCGCAAAUUGUCCUUUAGCUCAUGGAGGCGCUGUCCGUGCCUAGAGAGCUUAUAAAUGGAGAAAUCCGGCAUAACAAAGCAGGAGGGCUUGUCUCCAUAACGUAAUCAGAGGUUCCGGACUGCAACUUUGGAUACUUGGUGCGGUAGUCACCAAUCGGAACGCGGGAUUCCGCCGACGGGUGCUGCGUUAGUUCUUGCACUCCAUGGGCGCAAAGGUAUCUGCGUGUAAUCCGGACGAGUCGCUGAUCUACGUCCCGCUCUGACUACGGACGGCGUCCGACGUUCUCCUGAGGGGACGGGGAACAACAGGGCAGAGUGGGGGGGGGGAGUGUGACGCGAGACGAGCAGCUGCGCAUAACCGGAAGGCCAAUCGCGCGAGUGCAAACUGACCAAUCAGUUGACUGGCUAGAGUCUUAGUGACAUCCAAGCCUCUUGACUCGUCUCACCACCCACCUCCCCCUCCCCCCCCCCCUAACGCUUCCGUUAAAUGUAGGCAGUCAACAAUGCCGGCCACGAACCGGAUAGAGUAACACUUUAUGUUUACUCGCGAUACUCGGGGUUCAGGGUGUUUUCAACACUUAAGGACUGCAUUCCGCUCCGCGAGAUGAAGAUGGCCACCGUUUCAUCUCCAUUCGAGGCGAAUUUCAGUAUCUACUGGAGCAUUUUCCGGAAGAUGGUUGCGAAGGUUUCAACCGCACGUCCUAUGUGUCUGAGUGCACCAACCAGUAUAGUGAGUGUGAAUUCUUCUACCUUGCAUAUCCAACAGUUUUAUGUGCCGUGGGUGCUAAAAGUGGUAGUCGUCGUUUUUGUUUUAAGAACACAGACGGACUUUAAUUGUAGCUGCAAAGCCGUCUUCCGCAUUCGUAAUAUUGCCAUCAAAACGGGUUUUGAUCAAGGUUAUUUCCCAAGUAGCCUGACAGAGAUCUGGCCGGGGUUACUGGUGGACCACGUAAAAAAUGCCGGACAACAUGCGUCUGUAUUUUGUCAUAUGAGCCCCUUCCCCCUUCCCGACACAGUUUGAAAUGAUAGUAUCCUAACAAAUGAGAGCUCUUAUCAUCAGAAAAUAAGUCACAGAGAAAAGAAAAAACGGUACAACUAUAGGCAGACUUAUGUUGCACUAUUAAGGUGCUAUCCAACAACAUGCGAAACGUUGCCAUGUAAAAUAUAGGGGCAUAUUUUGAAGAAGGAUACACGAUCGCUAGGACAAGAGCUUUAUUGGCCUGACAUUUCGGAUUCCUGCUCGAACCCAGCACCAGAGACAAAAGCAGAUACGGGUGGUUCAUACAUAAGGGGCCACAGUAUUUAUAGGAUGCAGUCGCCAGGCUACCGCAUACCUAUGAAUGUUCACGGCUCCCCCCUUCAUCCGGGAUCGUCGCAUUUGGUGUGAUGGCCGACAUCCGCGUCGUUAAUUGCUGCAAUUUCAUCACGUGCGUUGAAUGUUGGUGUGAUGAUUGCUCGACCAUCUGACGAGCCGACCCUGGUGUUGGGAAACGUUUCCACCUGGCAUAUAAUGUCUUACUGUUUGCUGGUGACCUUAGACCGCAAAGUGACCGUUACCGUGUCGGGUCUUAGAUGGAUUCAAACUUCAGGAGUUUUGUCCAGUGAGGUCUUGGAAAGGUCUACGAGAUUCUUACUCCCCUCUUCCCCGGUGCAUAUCGGUAGCAGCCGACAAAAAAACUGCCCCAGGGUGCCAGGCUAGUAAAAGCCAAAGUUCUCGGGUGGGUCGCACCUUCAGUCCGUUGCAAGGUUUUGCAGCCCGAAGGCGUGUGUAGACGCAGUCCCGGACGCUACGCAGAAGGAACUGGAUUUCCUGCUCAACCACUGCAAGACCCCCUCGACCAAGCAAAAUCCUCAAGCGAAGCAGACCGUACAUUUGACGCAGGAGUUAGCUUUUGACCUAUUACCUUAUCGUAAUUUAAACACAGUUGUAGGUAGUUGAAAACUGCCUCUGGGCAGUCCUUGCUGUACUGAAUGGGCCCCACAGUCAAAACCAUCACGCGAAGUCCUGGUUUGCAGAAAAUGGAAGACGCCAAAAUGAGGGGAUUUGCUUUGUGCGGAAUCCCGAGCUGCAGUAACAGCGACCAGCGAGGUCAGGGCUUCUGCUACCAAUGGUAAAUCCUGCCUGAGAGAGAUGUCAGCCGCUUUUACGGGUUCGCGAAGCGAGUUCAAGGGUCUUGUGCAUAAAGUGGUAGGGAAGAUUGAAGCCUUCUGGAUGUAUGUGUGUACAUGUCGCAGCCGUCCGGACUGAAAGUUCAGUGAGUCUGGGAAUAUUCGCAGAGAAUGUGAAUCCCUAUGACCUCGCGCGAAUAUGAAGUGCACCGCAGUGAUUGUUUUCGGGUACAGAGUAGUAGAAGAAAAGCAAUAGUGCUACCUUGCACGAAAAGAGCCUCCACGAAAAUUGCUCGACGGAUUUGGUACUGCUCUUCCUAUACUUGCGUAUAGAACCGAAAUAUUUUUUUGACUGACAGACUCUAUUAGUUUGUUUUCGUUUUUGUUUUCCGCAAUCUAAGUGAAGACUAUGCUCCUAACCAAUUUAUAGCUGCAGGCUGUCAGACACAAGAACGUGUUGCUUUUUGCAGCAUGAUGCUGGAUCUUUGUAUAAUGCACGGAGAGGAGCCGCGUGGACUGUCAAAAAGUUUUGGUGGGUGCGCGGGAAUCGUCAGUUACCAUGCUCAUCGCGAUGAGGGCUGGCACGACUCUUGCGUCGGGGCUCUUCUCCAGAGUUAAAGCAGUCCAGAUUGAUUGGGGGGCAGCAUUUCUCAGAGUUGAAAUGUUGACAUGCCUCUGUACUUCGAGGGCAUAACGAAACCAAGAAGACCUGCAGGUGCAGACCGCCAUAUUAAGGGAUAUAACAAUGCAAUGUCUUCUACUUGCAAAUAGUCUACUACCUUACCGAUCACUUCGCCGUAAAAUGGCGAGAGCACCAAGACGAGACAAGAUAAUAGCUGGCUAAUCGGAACAAGAUAAAGUAAAUAUACGACAGUCAUGGAUCGAAGGAAUCAUCGUUACCUCUGAUGGAUUAAAUUGUAUAGGUCACAGUGAGUAUCGAAACGCUCAAUUAUGAUGAGUCUUUAAAGACGGGUUGGCAAACAGUCGUUUUUGUAGGAUGCAUUUACUUAACUGAGUAAUUUGUGAACACAAGUGUGUCCGUUUACUGGAACACAAAUGUACCUUGCCGGAGGUACGUCGACUGGGCACCAACAGCAACGGUUAUUAGGGUCAGUUUUGGUUCGGGAGGGGAAUGCACAGAUCACAACUUUAUGAUCAAUUUACCAUAAAAAGCGUGGAUUGGACGUACGCAUGGCCACGAUACACAUAAAGCCCGUACGAAUCUCGUCUGUACACGAGGGUCAGGGCUCCCGAUUUGCAUGACUAUUGCCUCCGGUGUUGUCGGGAAGUGUCUUUACGACAGCCUUUGCGGUUGUUCAUCAGAUGGAGUGCUGGAGAAAUUUCGCUGGCGUCCACCCGGUGUUCAGGUAUUUCAAAUGCAAACCUGAGGAUUUAUUUAAGUCACUUUUCUGCAGCCGGAUUAGCGUGUAUUCCUUCAUUCACCUGUAGACAAUCCGUGCCACCGAAUUGGUGUAUUCUACUUUUCAGAAAGCAGUGCAAUAUAGAUUGACGUUCGAGUGGUCUUCAGCGCCCGUUUGUCGUCGCCUCCCAUUGAAAGGAACUGGGAGCUUAUAAAGGGCUGCUUAAGUUAAGAGACGCCGGGUCUGCGGCUAAUUUGCGUUCUCCUAAUCAGCCGUACGGGCCUUCUCUAAAUGCUGAACUAGUGGACAAGCUUCCAUUUUCCGGUAUACUGAACUGCGCCCAAGACAUGAACAUCUGCCAAAAAAACAAGCCAAAAAUGCCGGUCAUCUAGGGCGUGUUUCCUAAAAAUAGCACCGAUUCGCAAUCUCUGACUCCCACUAGAACCUGAGUUUACUUAUUUUCACUUUUACACAGCCUUCGUAUUUAAGGCUCCAACUGCAGCGCUGAACAUGGUUCCCUCAAAUAGCAAAAUCAUUAAAGAGGUGCCAUUGGAUUUUUAUUGUGUAAAAGUGACCGACUUUGUUAUGGAGCAUAAUAAAUGUUCCGGUUCAAAUGUCUGAUUUUAAAGUGCUACCUAUGGAAGGCGUGUAUGAGGAUCUCCCACAUAGCAAAGGUUUGGCAAUCCAGUCAGCGAUCCGAACAUUCGGAGUACCGAGUCCCAUAAUGAUUUGCUUCCCCAAAGUUCCACCGUUCCGUGUUAAACAAAUUGUGAUAAUGAUACUAAAAAUCCCCAAAACGAUAUAAUGGGCUCAGCCGCCAGCCGAUGACGAUCUUGUAAGUUUUUUCCGGCUCAGUAAACACAUUGUCAGGUUUUUUUUAUUCUCGCAAGGGGUUGUUUUUUAAAAAAAAGUGACAAACACCCGUUCACGCCGACAAGGUUAAACCUACCGCAGUUUAUGUGUUAGCGCGUUGGCAAGCUACCCACAGAUGGUGAUCUUUGUAAUUGUAGGUAAUCCUAGAUUCCUUAAUGUAUCGUCGGCACAGCAAAGUGAUCAAGGUGACUGCCGACAGGCUUGCGCAAAUGUUGGCGAUCGCUUUGGCGCAACAUUUUGGCACCACAGACAGCAUCGUCUUGCGUCACUCUCUGACCGACGGCCGACGAUAGGGUCCUCGCCGGCUUAAAACAACUGGGAAGAAAGAUGUCUACAGCAAAGUAACCAUUGGUCAUACCAGAGUUCUAAACGAGAAGGCCGACUGGCUUAGAAAACAACCUAUUCUGUUGUUGAUAAUGCUGCUGUUCUUGGAAAGCUACUGACAGUCUUAAUGUCGGCACUCCUGUUUGCAUUUAAGAAGAAGCAGACGGCUUCGGUCUUCUGCCAGAAAUAACAAUUGGCUACCGCCACCGCCAUAAAAGUAAUGCCUCUGACUGCAAAAUUCUGGUUCCUGCUGUCUAAAAUGCGCGAAAAAAGGCCACUCAGAGAGGUAGUGCCAUUAAAACGGCAUUGCAUUGUAGAUGAAGACAAGUGACAUAUCCUGGGAUCGCACAAUCCCAACCGUACCAAGGCAUCAGCCGUUCUUAUCGAAGAACUUCGAAAAGUGGUAAGAUGUGGUUUGGUAGCCCCACCUGAUGGCACAAUACUGCCGAAGUUGGGGUUCAGGGUUAGGCGUUAGGGUAAGGGUUAGCGGUUGAGGUUUAGGAUAAGGGGUUAUGAUUAGGAAGUAGGAUUAGAGUUAGGAGUAAGGGCAACUAUUUCUCAACCAUUCAAAGUACAACCACGCACUCCCAAUAGUUUUUCUUUUGUAUACAACUACUUGACGUCGUCACCUGUGCGUUCUCCAGCUCGACCUGUAAAACCCCUAUUACCACCGGUCAUUUAUUAGAGGUGACUGGCGUUUGUUUACUUCAGGUGGAGCUACCACACCACAUCCGACCGAAAAAAAUUAUGUUUUUUGGCUCUUGCUCCAGUUUUAGAACCUGAGCCCGCCCAUCUUUGAACUAAAUCUGACCAAUGAAAACUCCUAACGGUGUUUUUAGAGACUAAUGAGUACUACAUCCACAUUGGACGACAGUUUACCAUUUUGGGACGAACCGUGCCUCAUUAUCAGGUGGGGGCUCCGUUCCUUGGUCAUGGAGCAUCUCGAAGCUAUGGUCCCACUUACAUAUUUAGCCACUUGAUUAGGUAGGCACCGAUGUAGACUGAAUAAAACUCUCUCACCUUACGUAUAAGGAGACGUGAACAGCGCAGCGGUAGUACUUUCAGGAGCAAACAGGCUUCUAUUCAGCAUAUCGGUUGUCCUCAAAAAGGCAAUAAAUCAUUAUGGCAUUAUAAUGAGCAGAGUGCCAAGCGACAUGCAAUAGCGCCUCCUUCCUUGCCGGUAGGCCCCAGGGGUCUGGAUGAAGAUGUCCAACCGAAAAUCCGAGAACCAUAAAGAAUCAUUCCUCUGCCAAGCCAUCCCGCACGGUCCUUUCUAGGCGAGCCACGGCUCAAACGGGCUAUAAUCUGAAUGCUUUGUUGAAUACGUCGAGGGUUAGUGGUGUCCAAAGGAGUAAUUUCCUUCCCAUCGGAAAUAGCGACCAACAAUAGGUCGUUUAUCUAGUAGUACGGAAUCCACGGAUUCUGGAAUUGAGAUUUAUAUCGUCUUCCUCCAUUACUGUAUAUUUGAGAAAGGAGUAAUCUGAAUAAACUUUAAUUCGGUGCUUAAAAGAGUCCAGUGUUUUUGAAAGUGCCUCAAGAGUACGAUGGGAGGGAAUUUAAUACUCAUAAUUUCUUCAACUGAUUACACGCUAGGAAAGGAGUCCUUAUGGUAGCUAUAUUGUUGACCAAAACCAGGUAUCCUAAGUAGCUUCUGAUGCGUUUCGUUUGCUUCUCCAUCUACUUCAUCUGCAACCAAGUCCUCAUCAAGGAUUCACGAAAUUAUUUUGAAUGCCGGCCUAAUACACAAACACGGUCGUCUCAUCCCAAUUCUGAAAAACCUGUCCUUUCGAACACAUGCGGGGUCGCACUGUAGACGAAAGCUUGUGUGGGACCUCCCCACUUGCUCUAAAAUAAACUUGUCUUUGCGGGCUCGAACCCAUUCGAGAAAUAUGCUUCGUUGCUCCCUUGAAUGAAGUGUAAAACAUUCUUGUACAGCUUUCUGUGCCAUCGCAAUUUAAGGGUUGGUUUCAGUUAACCCGCUAGUAGCCGGUGUUUAGAAGAGGGGGCUGCGUCUACCGGAACAGGAUGUUUAUUGAUCUGACGUUUCGGAUUCUCACUCGAACCCAUCGCCAGAAUGGUGGUAGAGACACAACAAGAGCACUAUUUAUAGGCGGCAGUUGUCAUGUCGUCACAUGCCUGCAGUAAUUAACGGCACUCGUGCGCAACGCUGGGGGUCGUAUAUGGUGCGAUGGCUGCAGAGGCCUACGCCAACGGGUGCUAGCUACAGCCGAGGCAGUGGCUAUACGGCCAGCCAAUCCGGUCCUAUGCUUUCAGAAGACUCUGACACAGGCGCUCUGUCUUUCAUGGCCAACGCCGACUCCAACGUCGCCCCAACCUCCUGAUGUCAGUGGUGUGUGCACAACGUACCCGACGUACAAACAUUACUCACAGCCUAUGUCCUCGCCCCAUUGACCCAAUGACCACGACACACAGACCACGCCAUAGCACGCCUCGUCAUGCGAGUGGCGUGGGAACGAUGGGUGUUACUAGCCCCCGAAUCACUUAUAAGCCCUGUAACUUCGCAUAAUUUGAACUUCUAUGUAACCGUUUUGGCCUGAUGAAGAGUUGCCGAAAACACGUGUUUGCCAAAUUAACUUUUCAAUUGUAACAUGGGAAUAUUAGCUGAACUUAGACUGCUUAUCAGUCCGUAUCCGAAUCGCUGAUGGUCGUGAUUUCAUCGCCGUUAUCGAUUUGUAGCGUGACGAUUACUCGGUCAUUCGGCUCCAUGUCACCGGAACUGUUGGUCGCCUACGCCCUCCCCGCGGGGCUAAUAAUUUUGCUCUGGAAAAAUCGUAGCAUAGAAUAUGAUCGCCGAAGAUAAUUGCGCUUGUCAGUUGAAUGCAGGCCGGAGCACCAUGAUUCAUGCCGCUCGCGGUUCAAGCAGCGCACACUCCCUAUGAGGAUUUCGACAUCGUCACGCUUGAAGGUGUGGAUGGGCCACGUCGAAUGAGCCGUGAUCGGGGAGCUGGUAAGGUGAUAGUUGGUAGCCGUGUCCACAGACUCCCAAAUGGUACCUACUGGCUCGAUUUCAGUAGCUGUGAUUGCGCUCUCAUUAUGCUUCUAAAUUCACGCGCACGCUGUAUUACCUGUAUCACAUUCAUUUUAGAGGUGCUAUCCUGGGCACAUUUGCACCGGUAACGAUGACAAUGAGGCUUACCCUAGGUCAACUUUCAUUAGAAGAGUUAGUUGUCAGCCGUGCCCACAGAAUCCACAGUUGUACCUGCUGGCUUGAUUUCAGUAGCUAUGAUUACGUUCUCAUUAUGCUUCUAAAUUUACGCCGUAUUACCUGUACCAGAUUCAUUGUGGAGGUACUAUCCUGGGCGGAUUGGCACCGGUACCGAUGACAAUGAGGCUUUCCCUACAUCAACUUCCAUAAUAAGAGGUAGCUUUUGACUGCCUCAUUCAUUGUAGAGGUACUAUCUUGGGCGGAUUGGCACCGGUAACGAUGACAAUGAGGCUUACCCUUUAGCAACUUUCAUUAGCAGAGGUAGCUUUCGACUGUCUCAUUAUUUGCGGAUUUUCUCUUCCGCCCAAACCAAUCUUUCGCAUAAAAGUCUUACCCGGCUUACGUUGUGGCGUCCCGCGUGCCGCUGCUGGACUCUCGUGUUCUUCUGUCCAUUAUGUUGGACGGAGUUCUAUCGCACACACUGCGGAAUGACCUUCGGACAAGCUGUCUUCUUCCCAUUGGUUGUUCGCCAUCACUUGCUUUUCUUUCCUAUCUGAGGCUAGGAUGCAUUUAUUCCGCACACCGUUCAAAGUCUCCUUGCUCAUUUCCAUACCUUCCUUGUAUUUUUCACCUAAUCUAAAUUAGGCUUCCACUUUACCUGAAGCGUCAAUUCCUAGCAUAUACUACAAUCGCCAUUUACCCGUCCACUCAAUUGUCCCACCCGUAUGGCCCCUAUUACCUCCGGUCCCGAUUGACAGGCAGUUGGGACUUUGCGGUGUCAGGAGGGCUACCAAGUAUCAUCUAACCGGGGAGCUAAUGUAAUUCCUCUUCUCUGCUGUUGCUGCUGCUGCAUAUUCGGCCAUUCGCGUUUGGAGCAAUCUUGCAGCUUCUCCGAGGUAGUUGCUCUGUCCGCAAACUUACCCGAUCCGGUAAACGACUGCAGACGCUUCCUGCCCUGGCGGCGGAUCCGCUGGCCUCAUUACCUGGCGCCUCAUGGUUGUCUCCGGUCUGCAGGCAACUCCAACUCCAAAUGGUGUCAGAAGGCAGCUGACGGCUUCUGAGACGUUUUUCGCAUACGGGAGCGCCCACAAAGAUUCGGGGCCGGUUGCAUUUUGUCGCCCGUCCUGUUUACGCAUGCACUCAUUAACGAAGUUGCGUUGAUUACCAUUAGCCCUAGACACCCGUCUAGAUGUUGUAAUUCGGUGACCUUGUCCUCUGGUUCACUGCAAUGCCUCUCAACAGGUAGUUGUGGCCUGUUGGUUGGUUACUGUUGAAGUUCAGUACUUUCGUCGUGGUAGUCGCUUUCCUGAACACUUUAGAUUUUAGGCCAUAACAAUCUGUGCGACAGACGUGGACAUCAAGGAGGGCCAGCUGCUUGUUUUCUUUGUCUCCCAUCGUGAAUCCUAUGUCCUGAAAGAUGGCGUUAAGACGUCUUUUGAAUGCCAUCACCUGAUCCCGUACGAUGACGACAAAGUUGACGUCCACAUACCGAGCCCAGAAUUUCGCUCUCUGGCGUCCGAAGACCAGUGACUUCAACCGUUGUAGGACCGUUUCAGCAAUGAGUCCCGAAAUCGCGAACCCACUGGCGUGCCUUUCACUUCCUUGUAGACCGUUAUAUCGAACGUCUUAAGACAGAACUUCAGGAGUUGGAGGAUAUGAGCAUGUCUGAGAUGAUUCUCUAUCUUAUCUUAUUUGUUCGUUAGGAGUGACUUGACAGUCUCGACUGCCAUACCCUGCGGAAUAGAUGCAAAAAAGGGAUCAUUAAAAGAUACCAGGACGCCGCCGGUAAGAUAAUUAUAUAUUUACGUUUAUCCAACGAUUGUGCUGACGAGCUGACUGUGGUGUCUGCAUCAGCUGUCAGAAAUCCAAGACGAUGAAACAGCCACUUUAACACUCUGCAGGUUGGAGUGCCUUUGAGUGAUACGAUAAGUAGGAGAGGAGCGCCGACUUUGUGCACUUUUGGGAGAGCCAUAAAAUCAGACCAAGGUCGUUUCUUGCGCAUUAAUCAUGCGUCGAUCGGUUGGCGAUAUUAUACCCGAGUUCUCGAUCGUCAAUAAUUUCUCAUUGGCUUCACGAUUCAGCGUUUUUAUGGUGUUGAAUUCGCAUGGGACGUAGAACCUGCGAUCUUCUAGGGAGCAUUUGGCUUCUAGAAGGUAAUAUGUCCUGUCCAAUAAGAUAGCGGAAAGCCCCUUGUCCCCAGGCGCGGUGAUGAGGCCCUUUUCGGCCUUGAGUUCCCUCGGUGAAUAGCGUCUGACCUAAGGAGACUCUUUGUCCGACCUAUGAGACAUGAGGAGGGACGAUAUUUGGUGUCGAAUACGAUUCUUCCUUUCGUCUGCCGUCCUCUGCUGAAGCGGUUUUGAACCGUUCUUGCCCACAAACUCGCAGGACUUCGUCUUCUCUUUCUCAAUCCUCUGACGGUAUUUUUGAAGCCUCUAGUGACAGCCUUGCAGUAACACCCGGAUCAUUCGUCAUCAGUUUUAAAAUACUGUGCGUCUCGGUAGCUCAGUGUUUACCGGAAGUUUGUAUAAAAUGGUGAAAUUUUGUUUGCCGAGCUUCCGGAAACUCGCUUAUUCUCUUCUAUCGACAAUAGUUGGUAUCUCAGUAAGUCCAGAGAUCACAGGAUUUGUGUCCAGCAUUGUACGCCAAAUUAAAAUACCGCCAACUUUAUCAUGGGGCUUUUUAGGCCAGGGCUAGAGUCGGCGGCGCAUAGUUAGUUUGUAGCAGAAUUGUCAUUUUUCGGUUCCGUCCCGUUCUAAAAGCUGCUUGUCAAAGCUAAAAGUCACCUAAAAUGUAAAUGACAAUUUGUCCAGUUAUUUUUCUUCGAAGAACGAAGACGAGCAUAAUAAAUAUAUGACAGAUAUUUUGAGUGUGAAGGGCUAAUCAUAAGAUAUCUCUAUUUACAUAUGUAUAACAAGGGAGUUUUCCGGAGACUCGAUGCGUACUUGCGGAUUCUAAAGCUCUUGAAACUCGCCCUUUGUCAGAAGAAACGAAUAGUGAGGGCGAGAAAAUCAAGCCAGUCUUGGAGCCAUCGAGAUAUAAUUAUUUGAAAGACGUCCAUGGAAGUUGUUAAUGUCACCAGCUAUAAACUUCACGAGUGCAAAGUUAGUUUUGCGAAGAACCUCGUAUUUUCUCACUACAUCAACUGGGAAUGCCCAUUACUGCAGUUUCAUGCAGAAUAGAGUUGUGGGGUUGAGAAUGGCUGGCGGAUAAAUUCGACUUUUAAGCCAGAAAUGGUGACUCCAAUCUCCCUUGCCUUUGUUCGUACUCCCUCUUGCAUCAUUCCCGGUCUUUAUGCGACUUUCUAUGGGAGCUCUACAGUGACCCCCAAUGCGUAAAGAGGUGGAUAUGUUCCGUAAGCCUAUUAGUGAUAUACAUCUAUAUAUAUAACAGAUGGUAAUGUCCUACUCCGGAAAUAGGUACUAGUUAAAAACCCAGCCGCUUGUUUCGCCGAUAUUUCUGUCGCUGCAUGACACAGCCGGGAGUGAUUCGGAUCCUAAGUGGGUCCCCCAGCGUUCUCAAUGCGGUUUCUGGUAUGUAAACUCCAGUGAAUAAUCAGGGUAAUGAGUUUAAAAAUUAUUAAGUGCGGAAAAUAGAGUUAAGUUCCCAGGACAUGGCUUCUAGCGUCCUAACCGAGAUUUCAAUGAACAUUUGAGUCGAAGACAAUCGGUCAUUGUGGAAUAACCGCGCCUUUUCCAUCUUGCAAACAAGUAGUACCACUGGUAGUAUAAUUUUGUAUGACAGAUGGUCAUACCGUACUCCCGACACAGGUGAUAGCUAAAGCUCAUAUAUACGUGUAUGAAUGCGUAGAAAAACUCGUAAAGACACGGAAGGCUUGAAUGGAAUUUCUAGACUAGCGGCCGUUGCCAGUCAGUCGUAACCGAUCAGAACUACGACCUACCUGGAAUUUGAACUCGGAUGUUUUGGUAAUUAUGUGCUAAGUAGAGGCUUCCACCAUUAAACCACGGACCCGUCGUCUCGUCUGUUACAAUCGAAAAUGUUAGAUAUGAUUGAAGGUUCGUUCGCCGAUCAGGAUAGGAAGAUUCUCGUUCGCUGCACCGUGAGACUCCAUCUGGAGCCUUCGCGGACAGUCGCGCAGCGAACACAGGUAUACACAGAAGGGGUGAACCGGCGAAGGCAAGUGCGAUUAGGAUGGCCAUUUCUGGUUAGCAGGACCCGAGAUAAAAAUCCGCGUUAGUUGGUCAUACAGCGUAAUUAAAUCCUACGCUCUACCCCUGCGCCAUAGUUUCGAUGGACACAGAAACCGAGUUCGAUCUUCGGAUCCCGGAAACCUGGGUUUGUGUAAGUCUGGCUGACAACGGCAAGUAAACCAGAAACGGCAUCAGCAGGCCUGUAGCCGAUUUUCAGAUGGGCGCACUUUCAGGCACCUGAAGAAACCCAUUCGGGAAAAGUGACUACUUAAAUUGGGCCUUUUCCAUAGAUUUUAGAUGCCUGUUUAAAUGAAAUGAAAGGAGGUAGAAGGGUUCAUUCUGAAUACCCAUUAUUUAAGGAGAUGCAUUUUUAAAUUCCUUCAAAGAAAGCGUAUCCUUCGCUUUUAAAACGUUUCUUUGAGUCUUGCGCCAAUUCAGACCUAACUUACUAUCCGGUAUGCGUUUGCAGGUUACCAAAGUACAUGCUGCCUAAUCUCCAUUUGAGGAAAGUCAUGCGUAUCUCUUUAUAUCGGUGGGGUAGACCGUCGAAUACUCACAAAAUUUCGCAUUGAAUAUGGGUCGCGUUGUAUAAGCGUCUUACCACUUCCCGUGACGUCAAGCUCUUGGGAGAUAGGCAAAUACGCUUCCUUCAAGUACACAUUUAGGGCAAUAUGUUAUUUCCUGCAAAACUAGUUCUCAGUGCACUCUUUUAAUAAACGAUGACGGGGUCUAUGCAGGUCCUGGAAAUAAAUGUGAAAAGGCGCUCCGUACAAACGGUCAUUUUUUAAUGAAGUUUAUGUGGCUGUCUUGGAAGAUAUUCACUCAAAAACGAACACCCUGGCUUGUGCUGGAUGUCAAUCAAUUUUGCAAUGUUAUCGCAGUAGCCCUUUCCAACCGAAGUCACGUUUUAAGAUUACACUCAAUGUUUCAUAAGUUUCGCCAACCACUAUAUGCAUAGUACAGUUUGCACAGACUUGUGAGUUACAACAUAAGAAAAGCAGGGAUUGCAAAAAACCAAAAAAUACUCCGAGGUUGAAGUUUUAAGCAUUUUUUAGAUUGAAAUUAUAUAGCUGUCAUAUGAUUUGCCUGUUUUUUUUUUACUAUUAAGAUGUACCAAAACGUGGGAAGGACUUUUUUGGUAAGAUGCGGUUAUGUAGCUCCACCUGUUUGAGACAAUACUGUUGCUGCUGUGGUUAGGAGUUAAGGCUUUGUGUUAGGGUUGAGGGUUAUAAUAAGCAGUUAGGGCUGCGGUUAGGGUUGCGGAUAGGGUUAGGGGUUGGAGUUAGGAGUGAGGGUUAGGGCAACUUCUCAACUGCUUUAAGUACAACUGCGCAUUCCUAAUACCCUUUCUUUUGCAUACAAUCACGUGACCUUGUCGCCUGUACGUUCCCUGCAUCACCUCUAAAACCCCCCAAUACCACCGGUGCCGUAUUUCAGGUGGCUGGGGUUUGUUCACCUUAAGUGAGGCUACGUAACCACAUCUGACCGAUAUUCGGCACCAGUUGGCAUGGCUUAACUAGCGCCCCUAACACAACUCAAAUGAAAUAAGGUGUUGAGCCCUCAGCCUCACUCUUUGGGACAGAGAGCAAGCAAAACUAGAAUUUCGGUGUCUUCACAGGCAACCGGAGGGUGCAUUUCGAGUUUUUGGCAGAUCUUAUUCACCGGCUGUAAAAACAUGCUGAGAGUUACAGAUGCUCAGAAUUCUGCCAGGUGAACCAGGACCUUUUUGUGCAGCAACAUUCAAAAUCUCGAUUUGUCCUCUCACCUAUAUUCUAUUUAUUCCAUCUUCGGUCACAGCGCUCUGUCAGGACGAAGUUUGUCUUUAUGACCAACUGAAGUGCCUGCUUUUAAAAAGUGCCCAUGUAAGUCUACGUGAGAACAUUAAGAAAACUCGUCCACGAAGGCUUGGAAAUGAAUGACGGGUGAGGAUAGCCCACAUGCCCCCUAGGAGGACACAGGAAUAGAAACGACUCUCCCAGCCCGCAAUACAGGUGGUCUUUAAAUUCCAGGAAUGGUACCUAUUCCCAUGUUCUAAUCCUAACACUAAUCUUAGAUCAAACCCUGAGUGUAACUCAAAUUUUAACCCCAACUCAAAUCCUCCAAGUCUAUCUUAACCCCAAACUCAACUUUAACCUUAAACAUCACCCUAAACUUAGCUCUAGCAUCGACCUUAACCCAGGUAAUAAUUUCGUUGGAGUCUAGCAUAAAACUACCUGUAUUACGGACUGUUCCUAUUCCCAUGUUCUGCUGGAGUGAACAUAUAAACAAUCCUUAUCAAAUAGUGUCUCGGUUAUAUGCGUUGUUAUACGGUAGGCGUUUCUACGUCCGUUUUGCGUUUUAUUUGAGUUUUAUGAUUCGAAUCGAGCUAAAUAACUUUUAUUUUUGACGAAUCUUCAGGAAAUUAAUCGAUGCAAUCGUUAGGCCAUUUUUAUAUUUCGUUUUAUCCCAUAUAAUAUAUCAGGCGAGUUUUUCGGCAUUGUCGUCUUUUAUCGUCGUUUUACCCUCUUCCCUCUCAACUAAAAUUAUCAACCUUACUGCUGCAUUUACCAACCUUUUUAACUAUGCAAAAAUGCCUUCACCUCUCCCGGACCUUUAACUAGACGUGUGGUCAACUAACAGCGUCAUUUAAUGAUUACUGACCGCUGACCGGACAGUUUAUGUCGCAACUGCGUCGAUUCUCUUUUCACUUUCAGUGCAGCGGUCCCACGUUGGGCGCCCACCGGCCGAACGCUCAGGUCUCGCGCGCACUGAAUAUGUGGCUUUGCGCACCUACGGAAUUGGAAAGUGAAAGCAGAGGUCAGUCUACUGCUCACUCUCAAUCUGACCCGCGCAAUUGUUUUAGCACCGUUUCUGCUCGGAGGGGAGGGAUAGGGGGGGGGGUGGAGUGUGGAGCUGCAGCACAUUUAAGUAUGUUUUCGCAGCUGGCUUUCUGUACCCUGCUUCACGGCAAAAGUUAACUUGAAAAUGGCUUAACUUUGAGCCAGGACACGGAGACGCCAUCUUCCCCCUACACAUACUGUGGUGUUUUGGGGCUCCUGUAGGAGAACCAGUAUCGUUUUGUGGUCUAUGUAGAUCAAAGAAGCCCCCUGGUGCAGUCAUAAGGGAAAUUAUAAGGGGGGGGGCGCUGGUUCAGGCAUGAGUAACCGUCUUUCACCGAAGGUGGCGUAGAUUCUCGAAACCCAAGUAAAUGAGCAUUUCACCGCUCAUGUGCUGCUUCGUCAGCGCUCCAAGUUCGCGAAGACCCUUUUUCAUUCCCCCACCCCCCCUUGGCUGGCCAGUUGACUCGAUCGUCCGCGCCUGUCGCCCGCGGCAUAGCGGGAAGCUACCUUCACCCAACUGUCAAUUGCCUCUCCCGGCCUACUGCCUGCGAACUUGUAGGCGGCUGGCAACUGCUCUAACACUGGUGGUUUCACCGUCGCCAACGCGUCCCCCGCGCCCACCAGGUGAAUUCGGAUUCUUUCCUAGAGGAAAUCGAUUCAGGAUAACUCAAAACAGAGGAUCAAAACGCUAUAUAAUUAUCCAAUGGACCCUGAAGGUAUUCCAGAGUGGACAGCAAUGAGCCCAGCCUCAGAGCCGCUGGCUACUAGUGAUCAACCAUGCGACUGGAAUCCCACGACUGUUGGUGGGGUUGACUGUAGACCUUAAAAAGGAAUCAUAAUGCAACCACUUAAGACCUAACAUUAGCACUAGGUUUAUAACAGCUUCGUCUCGCUGCCUUACAAGCUAACGCUGUGGUUAAUUGACAGAAAGCAAUAAAUGCCGGCAGCGAUAGCUUAUAUGAACGAUGGCAUUCUGCGGUCCUCGAUCCGCAGGUGAGGAAGUGGCUGAGAAUGUAAGCCGACUGAAAUUGAUCUGACAGGCAACCUUGAAACCCGUUGUCCUCGAGCGGUCAAUUGUAUAUAUGGUAGUCCGUCCUCCCUUGUCAAGUGACAUUAGUCGUUGAUUAUUGUUUCAGGUUUAGGCAUUUGAACUUAAAGGAGAUCUCUAAUGUCAUAAUUUCGUCCCAGUGGGGACUCCAUUAAAUCUUUCUGCUCCUACAAAACUAUAUUCUGUUCUAGAUUAAGCAUAAGUAAAAGGACGUGUGGACGACGGUGAGGGGAGCUUGCGUAGCUCCCAUCACACCCUUCCAUCUAGCUCCCGUCGUCUUUCUAUCGGUAGCAGAUGCCGACAUAUCUGCUGUAUCUAUAAGCCAUGCUUGUCAUCCAGGGAUUUUAAGAGGAACAUUUGCACUUUUCAUUCGGCGACAAAUUUCGUGAAGAUGGCUAGUUUAGUCAAGAGUUUAGUUUCCUCUAGUGAGAGUGGCAUGAAGUGGUGGAGAGCUAUCCCAUGUAGUUCAAAUUUUCACCUGCUGCCCUCCCUCUAGUAGUUCAUUUUGAGUGCUCCGACAAGCAUUCCAACAAGUGCAGACGAAAAUAACAGCAGACAAUCCAACUUUUGAAAUUGAAUAGAUGAGAAGUUAAUCGUUCUAACAGCACUGUUUGCAAGGAUAGCGAAAAGGUAUUAGGAUUUUCACCGAAAACUGAGCUAGGUAAGGCACCGUAUUGGGACUCCCCCACUCGUAAUACAGGUGGUCUUGCGUCAACCUCCAGGUAGAGUACAUAUUCCCGUGUUUUACUCCUAACUCAAGCCUUAACCCUGACCCUAACCAUAAUCUCAACACCAUUCUUAACCCUUAUCCGAAUACCAAUCCCCCUGAAAUAAAAGCGGGUCCUGUUCCCUUGUCCUACCCAAGCUACUGAAAAUCCCACUUGCAAGAACCUCGGAGAAUGGAACGUCGACCAUUGAGUUAUCAGUUUUCGCCAUACAGCAUCAGCAGAUGAACCGUCUUCGAGGUUGUUAAGCAGAUGAAAUCAAAUGAAACAACACAAGCAUAGUGAGAAUGACUGCUCAAGUAAUGCACAGUCAUACAAUUGAAAAACACAACGUGGAAGGCAAAAGUGAUUUUGAUUCACAAAAGUGAACUGUCGAUCUGUCUUAUUUUCCCUUGUUUAGUCAAUCGUCAAUGGGAGUUUAGUCCCGUUCUACCCCGACCGAACGGGCUUGACAACCGAGCACCAGUCCCCAGGUCUAUCAGCGUCGUUACGGGUCCUGCUGGAGCUGGCGACAGUGGAGAAUCUACAUGCAGUGAAAAACGACGGCGAACUCGGACUAAUUUCACGAGUCACCAGCUUGCCGAGUUGGAUGCCAUGUUCUGCAAUAGUCACUAUCCUGGAGUUCGCAGCCGAGAGGACAUAGCCCAAAGGCUGGGUCUUUCUGAGACCAGCGUACAGGUUAGCGGGGGAGCUGAAAAGAAUACUAAAACUUGUCUCAUAAUCUAUCUUUUUUCCUUCGACUUACUGCCCAGGGUCUUCGAAGGCUGCCACGAAGCGAUGAGUUUUCGGACUGGAGAGGCAUCACUGACACCACCGGCUCAACUGUCACGAAGGAGGAUGUUCACCGUGUACCCACAGCGGUCUGGGAGCAGGACGGUAGCAUGCGCAUAAAUUAGUUUCUAAUGACAGCAGACUUGCACAGCAUCUACCACACUGUCUCCUCAGUCACCUAACUGGGGCUGGUGGAAAGCCAAAGUUGGGUCGGUCGAAGGCGAACACGGGCGCAGCCGAUAAAAAAUUUAAGCGACCCCUCUACGCGUGCCACACACGACCUGGUCCGCGCACGGUGGCCCAGGUUCUCAAAGAAACAGGGGGCGACCUGGACCUCAUCUGAAAAGGAGUGCCCUAAGGGCCAAAUUGGGAAGGAACAUUUGUAGCCUGGUCCUCUGCCCUGAGGGGAUAAUCGUGUUACUCCUUUAGUUGGUGUCUUCCUAGGCUACGAUAUUAGCGUGUCGUGAUAGUUCAAAAGCGCGUCACGUUGACCAUAGUGAGGAAUGCCCUGAGUGCCCUUGAGACGGAGUCCGCAGAGUCGACCUUACUAACGAUUCGCUCUCAUAUGCGCCACCCUUCUGUUCGAGCCGGCCGGCACACUGAUACUGAGAUUGGCAACAAGUGACUGGCGCGGUAGUGAGCUCGUACCUAGACAUGUCGCCACAAUCCGUUCGCGCAGUCGCUAUGGGGUGCGCUGACCAUGCUCAUCUGGGUUAGCGCAUGCCUCGGCUCAAACAUAGGUAUUGGAGAGCCAUUUCUGGCUUUUUUUUAAUCGUCCGCCGGUUGCACCCCGUACUAUCUUCUGUUUUGGUGGCGAUCGUGUAACCGCGUGAUUUAUUGUUUAAAAGGUUGGCUUGAAUAUAUUUAUUUCCACAAGAGAGUUGAAGGGGUUGUAUUAUCUAGGGUCUUGACUGAGUAUGCUCCAGUGCUGUUGUUAAAACGCUGAUGCGGUAUAUGAACGGCAAGACUAAAGGAGGCUCGCCAUGGAAAGUAGUGUAAAUUACUGUGUUGGCAGCGUUCUGCCUUAAGUCCUGUCGGCUGAGGGACAUUAGGACAUAGGCGUCAGUUGACCUUGAAAGAACAUGGCGGUUUCAUCCGACAGGGCGUCGCCAAUCAUCCCCAAAGUACAGGCAUACACCUGGAAAGGUCUAGUACUCCCGACAUUGUUAUCACCGAUUUUGGGGUGUUUUGUAUUUGGGUCAGAUCAAUGUCACAUUGCUGGUUCUUUGAUUAUUUUUCGGUAGAGAAGCAUGUGUUGAAGAAGGAGACUCGUCUCUUCGCUUCUAUUGGCAGAGAAGCAUGUCCUGGGAGAGUCCCACAGAAUACAGGGCCAGCAAAACAUCAUGAAUAAUCGCCUAAUUGGUCCUUCGUCCUCAGUAAAAAACGCUAAAUUCCCUCAACGCGUCCUCGAAACGUUUGACAAUCAUUGUAUGUAGCACCAAGUAACAGGCUUUUAACGGCUAUCGACGAGGCUUCAUAGAGCGGGAACUUAAUAAAGCUGUUUGACUUCGAGUCACAAGCAACCCUGAACUUAACUGCCAGGGUUGAGUUUUUGGAAUUGAUAGGAUCAGAAAAAUGACUGCAUGAGAGGUUCCUCCUCACGCGUUUGAACAAGUUGAUAGCAAUUAAAACUGUCAACUAAAACGACUGUCAACUGUCAACUACCACAGCAGGAUGUUUCACUUGCGGGUUGGAUUGGAGAAAACAAUACCGCUAGUCGAAAGAAACAUGAAUCACCAGCAAAACCGCUGGCUUUACCGAUGGGAAAAUCAGGUCGAUUGGUAGGACUGCAUGUGUAGUUGUCACCAGGGCGGUACACUGACCACGUGGAGGGCAAAUCGGUCAUUCAUUGUGUGGAGGGCAAGAUACUGGAAGAAGAAUCCCUCGCAAUAUGGGUGACCUCGAGCUAAAUUCGGGGAGGGAUGCCUAUUGCUGUGUGCUAGCCUUAACUCUAGCCCAAAACUUGGCCCUAACACUCACCCGAUUAGUCACGGGAAUAGGACCCCCAUAAAACAAAUGACCUGGCGUUAAAUUACACGAUGAGUAGCUACUCCUAUGCCCUAACAUUAACACAAACUUUAACCCUAAUCAUAACCAUGAUCCUAACUCUAACGUUACUGAAAUUUAACGUAAGGCCACCUGCAUUACGGGGCUUUGCAUUAUAGGUUUUGCCGUGCACAGCUUCAGCAUUUUUAAAGAAGUACAAUAGUUGCUUGGAGUCAGUAUGGCCAUUUAAUUCAGAUGAAACGGUAACUGUCCUACUAACUCACCAUAUCAUAUAUGAAAGCGCAAAAGUUAUUAACAUUUGGCGGGUAGGGAGAAAAGACGGCCUGAGUUUGAAAUUCCUUCCAGCUGCCCUAGCUCCGACAAGCGUGAGAGAACAGCAACCCCUUAUGAAUGCGCUUGAAAAUCCGAUAACCACAUGUCUGAGAUUCGACUUUCUUCACGUAAUUACAGAGCGGAAGGACGUUUUGGCUCAAAAGUACACAUCUUCAGCGGAACAGGGGAAAAUGGUGUCGUGUCGUUAAGACACGUUAAUUAAUGUCAGUAGUUUUAGGAUAUGUCAGGCAGAAAGUCCGAGGUCUGGAAACUCUCGCAGAAUUUUAAAACUCUUGCCGCAGAAAGAGACCCAGUCACUGUUGUUGCCGCUUUUGCAUAGGGGCGAUUUUUGCCCGAGAAAUAACGGUCAUAUUCGUAAACAAUGCAAACUCAUAGAUGUGCAAUUUUUUGCGAAAUUUAAUCUCGGAAUUGCAAUCGCCUGCGCAAGGAUCCUGUUAAUUGCAAACAGAUACUCUGUGGGGCCUUGAUGUACACAUCUCUGGAAGAUUUCACAAAUGCAGGAGAUUCAUUCGGUAUGCAAAUCCACUAACUGAAGUGCCUCCAUACCAAAGUCUUUCCAAAAUACUAUCCGCCACAACUGCUACAUGUUUGAGAAAACACAGUCUUUGCAAAAUUUUACAUUAGACUCUGCCAACGGGGCUUUUGUCCUUUUCUUCCAUUCGCUUUGGGCCUUACUCAUGCUAAAUUUUGAAGUUUCUUUUUUAUGCUCUUCUAAGGUCUGGUUCCAGAAUCGGCGCGCAAAAUGGCGAAAGAGAGAAAAUACAAAGAAAGGUGAGAUUGCGAAAGAAUAAUCUCCGAGGAUGUCAAAAUAGCUUCUUUGAUGGAAAACGUUCAAGUUCAACCCUUUCGAUACUGCAACACACAAGGUUUUAAGUAGACUUCUGCACAACCGACGCCACUACUACUACUACUACUACUACUACUACUACUACUACUACUACUACUACUACUACUACUACCACCACCACCACCGCCGCCGUGCCCGCCGUCAUCGUAUUCACCCGCAACAACAAAAGCAGUUUCGCCAUCAUUAUUGCCACCAUCGGUCUUGUUUCCGCCCCGUCCAGUUUCUUUUUGUUUUAUCUGUACCCAGCUCCCUCUCCUGUACACAGUAUUUUUUGAUAUACGAUAACUGCUCAAUUAUAUUUACAGGUCCUGGACGGCCAGCACACAAUGCCUAUCCGUUGACCUGCUCUGGCGAACCUAUCUCGCCAACCGAACUCGAUCGUCGGCAGGCAGAGCUUCAAGAAAAACGCCGUGCCCGUCAGGCCCAACGGCUUAAACAACAGGUGAAUGGGCUGUCUCUUAUAAAAAAAUUGUCAACUGUCCCUCUAAAUGCAACUGUAACGGGAGGUCGGUUUCAAUAUUAUUCGGAAAGUGGAAAAGUCUUUUAAAACCGGUUUAUGCCCUUCUUUCAAGUAUAAAAUUCGAAGAAGGUGUAAUUUUCUUCCAAUGAAAAAAGGAUGCAUGUUUUCUAUGAAAUAUAUUUGAAUUUAUGAGGACAUGGAAAAUCAUUGAGAAAAAUUCAUAAUGGUCGUUAUGCAACUUUCUUCAUGGGCUCUAGACAGACAUGGUUACUCCAUUCUAACGUCAUUUUCGUGGGAGAAAUGGCAGGAAUUAUUGUCCAACUAGGCCCAAACGGCUGAGUCAGAGACAGUUCUUCCACGACUAAACAAAUCAUCAAACCUCCUUUCUGGGAUACAUUCACUAGGCGUUGAAUGUCACUGAUUUGGGGAGCGUUUCAUUCGGUUAGGCCGUGUUUAUAAUGUUCGUGACAAACAUAAUUUAGGAGUCUUUGCUGGUAAGAAAUAUUCAUAAUCGCAACCGCAUGAAAUUGGACCCUAACUUAGCGAUAGCAUUUCGAAAUGCGGCUUUCUCAAAAAGCGGCUGACUCGCUCUAACAGACGGCGGAAAACGCGUCGGAGUGGAGAUUCCGGCGUUCACGUUUUCGUCGUUUUCUCAAGUCUGCUGGGACCUGUGACUACUGGUUGGUACCGAGGCGUCGACAGGAAAAAAGUUGAGUCUUAGCAGGAUUCUGGACAUGCUGCAAUUAUCCAUUUCCAAUUGAGAUCAACCACGAAUUCACCAACUCUAUUCAACAUCAACUUAUCUCUUUUUCUCUCCCUCUCUCCCUUCCUCCCUCUCUCUCCCUCUGUCUCCUUCCCUUUUUCUCCUACACACAUGCACAAACAUUUUCGCUUGGUAACAGUGAAAAAAUGUACACUAAUGCCAUAGCAUUCCGUUUAUACAUACAGGUUGCCCAUCCACGUAGAAUGGCUUGUUUUCUUGUCGGCUUUCUGCCUCUAAAUCCCGGUACUUCUUGUCGCUUUCUGCAACGCUUGCCUGACACUUCUUAACGACCAACUUGUUUCUAACUUUCAAAUAAAGCAGCCAAGGUUUUAAUCCAGGACUAGCGGACAUAUAAGCAAAUAUCCCAAAUGAGGGAAUCCAACGCGACCCUGUCGACAAACGAAAGCUGACGUCGUAUUCUGAUGGAAGACGGAGAGUUUUAAUCAGGUGUUUCUGCCUUACCUGAGCGUUGGGAGCACAGUGGUUAUCUAGAAAACAUGUACUCACAUCAAGUCACCCGAUAAUGGUUGUUUUCGAGUUAUUUACAGCUGCCAGCCUUCCAGACAAACCCAGGUAGGAGAAUCUUUGGCCGAUUCUAAACAGCUACUGAUAAACUUGAAACUGCACUACCUAGGACGAGUGAAUUGCCUGUCAUGGAUUGAGUACAUCCUUCUUUCACCAACUCAACCUUCCUACUACUUCCGCCGAAGCGGCGAAACUUCCGUCCUUCUCUGUUCAUUCAAUUUUCUUCCCAGUUAGUAAAGCAGGCCCUAAUGAGCCGCACAUCCGUCACGAAAGUGGCAGUUUUAGGUUGCCUUCAUUUGCAGCUAUCUACUAUAUGUUCCGAAUUCACGAGACUGUUGGCAAGAGAGAAGAGUGUUGCUAGUGCCCAAGCCUGACUUUCGCAAAAUUUAUCGUGUCAGGAGUCAGUUGUGAUUGCUGAUUUAACUGCCAGCACAUAAAAAGUUCUUUAGAAAACACCUAAGUCGCUCAGAAGGUCAUGUUUGGGUUAUUGGCUCGUAUAUCGAACUGCAGUGAUGUGAUCCGAGCAUUGAAUCGGACGUGCUCGUCUGGACCUUCAAACGACGGCAUUCUGACCUCCCUGUCCUUGUUACUAACGUUCCCCUAGCACUGCUUGUAAUGAUCCUGGCUUCGGUUGCAGGCCAGAACCGCGCCUAGUCCAGUUGCUUGGAAUCUGACUCUUACUUUUACCAAAGCUGCUGGCUCAGAUUCAACUCCUAGGACUUGUCAAUCUGACACGAGGCAUGGCUGGUUGAUGGCAGAUCGUGCUGUGAACGUUGUGGCUCCGAUUUCCAUGAAAUCAUCGACACUUUAAAAAUAUCAUCGCAACUGAUUGGCACCCAGUUUGUAGACAACUACGAAAGGCUUUAUGAAAGGCUCUUGAACCUACAACUAUUGCCCAUUUUACAAUUAGCAAAAUGCCUUUCUAUCAAGCCACAAGUUCAGGGUUUACUAACUUAACAGUCGAAAUUAUUCGUCUUUGGAAUAAAAGGCUCUUCGUUCUCCUUUUUACGCAGAUCGCCCGUCGACGUAGGGGAGGCGUUGACUUGGGAAGGAGCGGAGUUCUCUGGAAUACUACGUCUAGGCGACUAACAGGGUUGCUUCCUCGCUGCCAGGACGGAGCUCACAGAACGCUCUACGCUACCAAUGCAAUUUGUCCCCUAUUUUGUGCCAGACAGAAAACUGAGCUUGUAUCCUCAGUGCUUUUCCCAUACGCACCUCACUCACCCACUGCGCCCGCUAGCUGCCGCCUCAUAAGCAAUCCCAAACCUGCUGAACCGCCGCUUACCUCUCCCGGGAAAACACCGUCCAUUGGUUCACCACACAGAUACGAGCGCCUUCAAUCAAGGCCUUCAUUUUUCAUUGACUGCCUUUUAUCUAACGACUGA